UGUCAAUGGCGGCUUUUGCAAAAUAAGGCCCAGGUGGAGUCUUGUGUUAAAUAAGACGACCGAUCCUUUCGUGCGUAGAAUUUGAUAACCAUAGCUGUCGUUGAUAUUUCAAGAAGAAAUACAAGAGAUGUCAAGAAACAAACAUGCUGAGGUGGCAUCCUUUAGAUCCAAACUUGGAGCGACCCUGCAAUAUCUGGUUGACAAAAAGGAUGAGAGCCCUUUGAGCGAAGGAGAAGGGUCAAGCAAUCAGCCUGAGGUUCUGGUCCGCCCAGCCUCUCCAGUUGGAUCCCCAAGGAAGCUUGGGGCUCGGGCACGGAAGAGAAAGAGGAAGGAUGAUGAAGACGGAGGGGAUGGGGAUCCAUCACAUCAGAGCUUCAUCAUGAAGCUGUUUGACCGGAGUGUGGACCUGGCCCAGUUUGAGGAGGCAACACCGCUGUAUCCUGUGUGUCGAGCCUGGAUGAAGAACCAGCCGAACAAUCGGAACCUAGGUCCUCGACCGCGGACACCCACCCCAGAACCAGAUGCAGACCAGCAGUCCCAGGACGAUGAUCCCGACAGAUUCCCGGACAUCUUCUUACUACCUGUUCCAGUUAAACAGGAAAUCACUGAUGAAUUUAAAGAUCCUAGAAUUCCCCUUCAACUGAUGGUGGAGGAAGCUCCACUGGACAUACACGCAGACCCUGACCAGGCUCCACCCCCUGAGCACUUGCUGCUGAAUCACAUGUCACGAUGGAAGGGCAUCAGGAUGAGGUGGAAGGAACAAGCAUUCAAGAAUGAAUUGCGCUUCAACGACAGUCUGACAAUUCUUAAGGAGAUGUUUGAAAGACAGUGCAAAGAAGGAUGAAAUCGAUAUAUGAAAUUGCGAUUAGUACAUUAAGUUUUCACAAUCUCAUUAGAAUCAGACCUCAGUUCUCGCUACCGCUAAACAAAGAUCUGAGGACAUCCCAUUACGGGUCACGUCAGAACGACCUUUCAUCCGACCAAUCAGAGCAUCGCUUACCAGAUUAUGA